AUGGGGGUUUUCUCUCAGAACAGGUUUUCACGUCAUUUUGUUCUACUGUCUGGCUUAAUGUGUGUCGCCUUGGGGCGCCUGGGGCGAGCAGAAAUCGAGGUGUCCGAAAGAGGAGUGCAGAAUCGUGCUGAUGGAUUUCUAUCAUCAUGUGUUGACUGGGGUGCGUUGCUGAACGAAAAGUAUAAAGUAGCAGCUUAUUGCAGGUCGACAACUGGUGGAUGGCAGUGGUCCGUGCUCAACUUGAACUCCUGUCUCGUCAACGUUCAGGGUGAACUCAAAGCGCAAGACGAUUGCGAGAUAUCGGCGGGAGCGGGACGUCAUACCGCGCAUGGGAUUGACCUCAGUAGAGUAGCCGAUUGCUUUGUUCCAAGACUCAGCUAA